AUGAAGGUCGCCGUCGCGGGCACGGGCAAUGUCGCCCAAUACCUCUUCGAGGAGCUCACCAACCACGGACACGAAGUAGUGGUGCUCACCCGCAAGACGAAGCCGAACAUCAAGCUCGAGCAGCGCGAGACCGACUACAGCGUCGCCUCCCUCAUCACCAACCUCGCCGACACCGAUGCCCUAAUCUCUACCGUCGCCGACUUCCUCGACCCCAAAAUGACCACGCGGCUCCACCUCACUAUGCUCUCCGCCAUCCAGCAAUCCACGCGCUGCAAAACCUUCAUCCCCUCAGAAUGGACCCUCAACGCCGAAGACCACCCGGAACAGCCCAUGCCCAUGCACGAGCACACCCAAACCCUGCACGGCGCACUCAAGGCCGCCGACCCCUCCAUCCGCUGGACCAUCAUCUCAAACUCCUGGUUCCUCGACUACAUCGUCCCUCAAUCCCAACGCCAUCUCCGCGACAUCGGCCCCCUAUGGCCCAUGGACCACGCCACCAAGACCUUCACCAUCUACGGCCCGGGCACGCAGCGCUUCAGCGUCGUCGCCGUGCGCGACGUCGCCCGCGCCGUCGCCGCUUUACUCGACAGCACCGCACCCUGGGAGCAGUACACGUACGUCGCGGGCCAGGAGGUGUCGUGGAACGAGCUGUUUGAGAUCAUGCGCGAGCGGGAUCCGGCCUGGAAGCGCACGGUCAAGCCGUUGGCGGACACGGUGAGGCAUGUCCUGUCGGGCAAUGCCGACGAGGCGCUGGUGGGGUAUUUUGAGUUGUUGACGUACUCGGGGGCGUCGCUGCUGCCGAGGGAGCGCGUCGAGAGGGAUCGCGCUAGGUACUUCCCGGGCAUCAAGUUUCGGAGCAUCGAGGAGGUUUUGGAUGAUGCGGCGGCGGCGAGGCCGGGUGAGAUUGUGUAG